ACACUGUAAGGUUGCGAGGACAGAACUAAUAAAUUGUAUGCAAUGUCAGACCAACUCUGUAGAAGAGCUCUGCCAACAGUGGGCAAACACAGAUCCUGACCUGAUGACUGCCAGUAGAAGGAACAGUAAAAUCUUUUUGUGGGACUGGGAUCUUUAUCAACCACCAGGCUUUUGUGAGACAUUUUAAUGUUUUUUUCUCCUUUAUGAAUACAGCAAUUAUUGGGAUUCUGUGCUACAUUGACUUCAACAGAUUCAUGUUUUACAUGUCAUAAAUUUUCUGCAAUGUCAAAUGUAUCUGAGUCUUACACUAACAUGUCUAUUGAAGUGCAGUAUCAGGACCUACUGAGGGUAAUUAUUGUUUCCACUCUGUCAACAGUUCCAUCUUUUAUUUUUCUCUUCCUUAAUGGGACCAUGUUGUUCACACUGAGGAGUAAGCCGGUGUUUCGUGACACUCCCCGUUACAUUCUUCUGUAUAACCUCCUUUUUGCAGACACUGUGCAGCUGGCACAGAGUCAGGUUCUUUUCCUGCUCUCUAUUUUUAGAGUAAAAUUGCCGUAUCCUGUAUGUGUAUGUCUCAGCUUGUUGGCCAAUCUCACCACUGGGAUCUCCCCUCUCACCCUUUCGGUGAUGCCUCUGGAGAGAUAUGUAGCUGUGUGCUACCCACUGAGGUAUCCUGCCAUCAUCACCAUCAGAAACACAGGGGCUGCUAUCGUUGUGAUUUGGAUUAUCAGUUCACUAAAUAAUCUCACUCGACUCAUCUUUUUUUUCCCAUUUGAAGUGUUGAAAAACCUGCAGAUGAAAGACAGUUGUUCUAAAAUAGCUCUGUUACUCGGGACAAGGUCUGAUCAAUAUGACACCGCUUUCACAUGUUUAGUGUUUGUAUCAGCUGGUGUGGCAGUCGUUUUUUCUUAUAUCGGUGUGAUAUUAGCUGCCAGGUUGGCCUCUGCAAACAAAGCUUUAGCUUGUAAAGCUCGAAACACUCUACUGCUGAAUAUGAUGCAGCUGUGCCUGAGUCUCUCCUCUACUAUUUAUAACCCUUUGCUCGCUGCCCUUUCAAGAACUGUAACAAUGACAAUAUUUUCAUGGGUUCAGAAUGUAUUUUAUUUGUGCUUUAUUAUCUUACCCAGAUGCCUGAGUUCUCUAGUCUAUGGGCUAAGAGAUCAGACCAUCAGACCUGUCCUCAUGUACCACCUAUGCUGUCAUCAGAAACGAAGUCAGUAACUUGCAAUA